AUGGCACCGCGGCCAUUGGAUCAGAAUGGCACUCCGCAGCAGCCUACGCAGCCGGAAAAGGCUGACCCUUCGCACACGGCAGCGAGCAACCCAUUAUCCAAACCAGAGGUCGUUCAGGCUGGUGAGAUUAUGCUCAUCAUUUCGCUCGUCCUGAUCCUCAUCGUCGUAAUUUCGAUAUCGAUACAUCUCUACCUCAAGCGGCAAAGACGAAUACGUCGAAAAACGUCACCGAGGAAUAAAGGGAAAGAUGGCAACGCGCAACCGGAGCUACAAUCGAAGGAAAAGAAGAUGGUAGAGCUAGUGGGGACACCGUUGUGCGAGAUGGGCGAUUCGGAGCCGAGACACGAGAUGGAAGACGCGGAAGUUCUUGAGCGGGAUACUAUAAUUGAACCAGAGCAUCCGCAGGAGCAUCCGGUACACAUCGUCAGUCCUCUGACGCCUAAUUACGACGACGGUCGCAUGUUCGGCGACAUGUCGACUCGUGCUACUGCACAGCCGGAAGCAGGUGUAUACGCAGCGUACAUGAUUCGGAUACGCUCAGAAUUCCCACGCUCGUGCCUGGCACUGUCUACAAUAUCGGCCCAAAAGUAUGGUCAUUGUUGUUCGCUGCAAUUUAUGCAGAGCCAGUGCCAACAUAUAUGGACGUCAACUCCAGAAAAGGCUACCAAUACCUUCGUCUCCAGCGUCGAAGCGACCGAACGGCCGGUCGGCGAUCUACGCAGAUCGAUGAAGGCGCCGGGAGACCGAGGAGUCAGUGCAAGUUCUCGAUAAGCAUACGGUCUAGGAUAGAUCAGGAGCAGGUUGGGAGAAGAGACAGUUGGACAUGCCAGGAUUCACUGUCCGCAGUUAGUCGCAGGGCUGAAUGUCAUGAAAAAGGAGGAUGGUAUCCAUAUACGUGACGACGGCGUUGCUACAUUACGAUAUUUGUUUUGUUGCCACAUGCCCUAAGG